CCGCCGCCCCCACCCCCGCCCGCCGCCCAGAAGAUGGCGAGCCCGUGCGGGCGGCAGCAGUGCUCCAUCGAGAGGCGCGGCGUCCGCCACCAGCUCGAUUCGUGGCGACACAAGCUCAUUCACUGUGUAGAUCCAGUUUCUGAUCCUACUUCCACAUUUGGGAGUAUGCAAGGGACAAACACAUCUCUUUGCGUAGCUUGACUGGAUAUCCCAAGACUAGGAUGAAAAUAUCAUCUGCUAAAUGGAAAAGGACAAUCGGUGGGAAAAGAAAUGUUCUUUUCAAGCUUCUAAGAGCAGUGACAAUGGAGAGAAAAAAUACUAUAAAAAGGUUUGAAAGUAUUCUAGAAGGCCUGUUUGGACCUGGAUUAUUAAAAGAUCUCAGUUUGUUUAAAGACUGUGAGCCUGAAGGUGUUUCUGAUUGGUCUUUUGAUGAAAAUUGUCUUUUCUGCUGCCUGAGAAGAGAAAAAGUGAAGGAACACUUAGUCAGUCUGGAUGAGCCAGCCUCGGAAGCUGGACAAGAAGCUCUGCUUAGACAAGAGCAAGCAAAAAUCAUUCGUUUUGAAAGGCAAGCGGAAGAGUUCCUCAAUGCAGUCUUUUACAGAAAAGACAGUCCUAGGGUCUCUGACCCCAAUAUUCCCCUAGUGGCCCGUGAGAUCAUGCAGCGAAUGAUCCGACAGUUUGCUGCUGAAUAUACCUCAAAAACUAGCUCUACUCAGGACUCCAGCCAGCCCAAUAGCACAAAGAACCAAAGCCUGCUGAAAGCAUCUCUGGUCGCCUCCUCUCCCACGGCUGCAACUGCUCAGAACCCUGUGCUCAGCAAACUUCUCAUGGCUGACCAAGACUCACCUCUGGACCUUACUGUCAGAAAGUCUCAGUCAGAACCUAGUGAACAAGACGGUGUGCUUGAUUUAUCCACUAAGAAGAGUCCUUGUGCCGGCAGCACCUCUCUGAGUCAUUCUCCAGGGUGCUCCAGUACUCCGGGAAAUGGGCGACCUGGGAGACCCAGCCAGCACCAUCCGGAGGGACUACAGAGUGGUGAUGGGGUACCUCCAAGAAGCUUGCAGGAUGGAACCAGGGAAGGUUAUGGCCACUCCACAUCUCUUAAAGUACCGCUGGCUCGAUCACUCCAGAUUAGUGAAGAACUGCUGAGCAGAAACCAGUUUUCUACGGCUGCCAGCCAUGGGCCAUCUGGACUACAGAAUCAUGGACAGCACUUAAUAUUAUCCAGGGAGGCUUCUUGGGCAAAACCACACUACGAAUUCAAUUUCAGCCGCAUGAAAUUCAGGGGAAAUGGUGCACUCAGCAACAUCAGUGACCUUCCUUUUCUUACAGAAAACUCUGCCUUUCAAAAAAUGGCACUUCAAACUAAACAGGAUGGGAAAAAGGACAUGAGCCAUUCGUCUCCUGUGGAUUUAAAGAUACCACAAGUUCGAGGCAUGGACCUUUCAUGGGAGUCCCGCUCUGGUGACCAGUACAGCUAUAGCUCUUUGGUAAUGGGUUCACAAACGGAGAGCGCGCUUAGCAAGAAGUUAAGGGCUAUCCUUCCAAAACAAAACAGGAGAAGUUUGCUGGAUGCUGGACCAGAUUCCUGGGGCUCAGAUGCUGAGCAGUCUACCUCUGGACAGCCAUAUCCCACCUCAGAUCAAGAGGGAGAUCCUGGCUCUAAGCAACCUAGGAAGAAAAGAGGGAGAUACAGACAGUACAACAGCGAGAUACUGGAGGAAGCAAUCUCUGUGGUUAUGAGCGGGAAAAUGAGUGUUUCCAAAGCUCAGAGUAUUUAUGGGAUCCCCCACAGUACACUGGAGUACAAAGUUAAAGAGAGGCUGGGCACUUUGAAAAACCCUCCAAAGAAAAAAAUGAAAUUAAUGAGGUCGGAGGGGCAGGAUGUUUCAGUAAAGAUUGAAUUAGAUCCCCAGGGAGAAGCAGCACAAAGUGCAAAUGAAUUGAAAGAUGAGUAGGGAUGUUGUAGAGUGCCAAUUACUUUGCAAACUGGGUGAGCACUACUGCAUAGUUCAACCACCACUGAGCGCACCUGAUUCUCCUAUUUGCUGCAAAGCUCUUUCCUUUGCGGUUCAGCAUAGACUUGUGUGGACACAGGUGAAAGGUGUGCUCUGAAUGUCACAUUUGUAAAUUGUUCUAGCCCGGUAUGGUGCAGUUUCCCUCCUUCACCUGCCCACUACCCUCUUUUCUUUUCUUUUUUUCUUUUUUUUUUUUCCUUUUUCUUUUGCUUUUUGCAUGUUUCUCUGUAAUAGAGAGUUAAGUUACCUCACAAAGAAUGCAGGUCUGUGGAAGUGGACGUCUUGCCUGUAGAGCCUGCCUGAACUUCUAGUGUUGGAUUUUUCAUGUCUGCCUUCAUAGAAAAAAGUCCACUUUGUUAAACUGAGACUUUCCUAAAACCAGGCAUUUUUCAAAUGAGAAUCAGACUGUCAUUCUCCAAAAACGUUUGAGUAAUCUUUUUCUCCCUCCUUUUCUUUGAUCCAGUUGAUUGAAAGAUUUAAGCUAAAUCAGGUUAUUUAGGAAUGGUACCUCGCUUAAACUCAGAGAUUUGCUUAUUAGGAGGAUAAUCAAUUGGGUCUAAUUAGGCUCUCCACUAUUUUCUUUAUAAAUUGAACAUACUUGCCAUUCACUGUCUGCUUAGUGCUCACCCGGGGGGGGGGUGGGGGGGUGGGAAGGGUAAACUUACAUACACUACCUUCAGAAUAUGUCAGUUAAUUAUUUGUAACACUACCUUUGCUGUAAUUUUGUUUGAUAUUUUUGAAGGGUGAUAUUUAGACUCACCUGCUUGAGGAUGUAGCCUUAUCUCACGGAAGACAAGCUUCUCACAGUCAGGAGCAGUCAGGGUACACUAAAUGAUAUAUUAGGGUAUGCCUCAUUACAACAGAACUAUGGUUCUUUGUGACCUUUAUGCUUUUUACAGACUUGAUUCUGAGUUUACUAAACUAUGUGGUUCCAACAAGUAGUUCAAACAACUCUAAUCUGGGGAAGGGGGAUUUGUGUAACAAACUACUGUGAUAUUGCAAAAAAUGGGGAAAAAAAGGAAAAAAAAAGCCCACGAAACAGUGAUCUCAAACGUUACAACCUCAGUAGUCUGCCCAAAUACCUACAUUAGUGAAGGAGCUUGUUAAUGUUCAGGGAAGAAGUAAAACACUGGUAGCCUGAUCUAAUUCAGGCUCUGCAUCAUAUCUAUCUGUAAUACUGUCAGGGUCGAACACUCAGUGAAUGGGUGUUUCCUUUUUAACUAUUACAGUUGCCAGUAGCAGGAAUUAAUCCAAGUCCUGCUUUUUUUGUUGUUGUUUUUAUUUAACCUCUUUUGAUAGUGGUUUAUUACAUGCUAGAAUAAGCAUUUAAACACCAUCAAAGCACUCCGUAAACCACAAGUCCAGUUUUUUCCAUACGAUGAUAUCGUUAUCAUAUGAUAUAUGGAGAUCCAGGAUAAGUUUUGUACAGAACUUUUAUCUUUGAUACUUUCUGCAGGAGUGGUCAGUAACUGGGUGGAGCUUACUGGACUUCCCACAGUAUGACCAAAUCGGAAUUGCUGGUUCUUCAGGUAGAAACAAUUUGGUCUUAACCUGUGCAAAAGGUAGAUAGAAUUACAAUUUGUUUUGGUUUUUUUCCCCCCGUUUGCACAACCAAAAGAAGCAUUAGAGUUUUUGUGUGAGAGCAUUAAGUGAUGUCAGUGAUUGAAAGUGGUUUCUCAAGGUUCAUGGGAGGGUGGCCUAAAUAGCUGUAGGGAUGCCGACUGACUUCUGGAACAGCUGAUUCUCUCUCCCUCCUCCCCAGCAACUUCAUAUUUUCAAAGGUUAGGCACACCAUUGCUGUUGUUUUAAAUAUGCACUGCUCAUUCUUGAAACGGACUGGGCACUUGGCCCCAAGUACACUUUGGUUUUGUUUACUUAAUAUAUAUUAGUACUCAAACUGCUGGUUCCUCGUAGCUCUCUAGUUGUCAUCUUGGUAUUUAAAGCAGUUUAAAGCUCAGUAGCAGUAUAUAAACUCUGCAAUACGUUCCAGUUUAGCUGGUGAUUGCAAUAAAGGUGCAGUUAAACGUGUGGUUUCAUCUGCUGUCGGAGGUUAUGGUAGAAAGCUUGCUGCAAGUUUAAAGAAAAAACUAACACAGUUUUACUGUUCAGAGAGGUUUAACCUUUUGUAGUUGUCUUUAUUUAAGCGACAUGAGUUGAGUUUUAUAAACCUUGUCACUGUAGUGUAUGUGGAGUGCUCAUUUUACUAACCUAAAUAUUUUGUAUGUGUAUGUUUAAGUGGGUGACAAUCGUGCAGCAGAAGAAUGGUGUGCCUACCCUUUAAUGCUGCAGUUUUAAAAGAGAAUUUGUCUUGUCAUUUCAGGCUGUAGGCUAAGAAUUGUAAAUAGAUAGUGAGAACUUGAGUACUCUUUAUUUGCUUUGGUUAGAAAGUGGAUUUAAAAAGACAAAAAACCAACAACAAACCAAACACGUAACUUCCUCAGUUUAAAUGUCCUGAGACCUGAAGAUUGUAAUACUCAUGUCUGCAAAGCUUUUAAACACAACACUUGAUCUGUGAUAACUUUACUAUUCAGGUAAUCUUUCUUUUUCGAGAAGCUUUUGAACAACCGUAUUUCCUCCAAAGGUCUCUGUUUGAAAAGGAAAAAAAAAAGAAGAAAAAAAAGAAGUGUAGAUUAUUUUUUAAGCACUAAUUGCAUUACAUUGGUAACUGCAAUAUGAAAUAGCCAUUAUUGUUUUGUGAAGCAUGGUUGAGAUUAGUUAGUGGUCCCUUUUUAAAAUUUCAUGAGCCUCUCAAAAAUAAAAACAAAUUUAAAAAAAAGCUGCUGAAUAUUCAAAAGAUAUAUAUUUUACCUUAUUGUAGGUUUUGUAAAUUUAGUCUGUAAUAUUCAGGUGCACCUUUUAAUGUUACCUUUUUUGUUUCAAAGUCCCAUCUAAUGUAUUUUCUCUGAGGUGAUUCAUCACGUAAGGCUAGUAUCACUCGAAGUGCUGCAGUGAUCACUGAUGUUCUGUUUCCUUUCUCACUACAUAUUUUUUACAGGCGCUUUCAGUGUAGCUAACUAGUAGUAUUUGCGAUCAUUUUAAAUAUAUGAUUGGAAUUAAUGUUUGUCCAUUAGCAUGCUUGAUUUCCUGCUGACCAGCAGUUUGCAUGGCCAAAAUCCCUGGUUGACCAUAUUUUGGUGUGGGAAGGUGUGGUUCACUGCUGUCUUUGUAACAAAAGCCUCGUUUCUCAUGUUAUUUCUGGUAAGUGGAUGCUUAUGUUACUUGGAUCACUUGGACAGGAGAGAAGGUUUAGAAUCUUUCUCCUGCUGCUCUUUUGAGAUCGCAUUAACGUGUAACAUAGACAAACUGCAACCCUGUAAAAAUGGAGGCGUCGUUAGGAGGAGGCCUUUCGGGUAUUUUUCGUCACUAGUUUUCUCUUAUUCCCGAGAACGUCCAUCCGAUGUAGUUAUUGGAUUUAACAGUAUUGUUGUGUACUACGUUGAUGUAGCUGAAAAAGCCUGACAGCGAGAAACUGUGAAUACUAUUUGUGGCAGUCUCUGAAAACUAGUUUUUCAGUCCAAGUAUCAUGAAGGAGAAUCCCUCUCCCCUACCCUAUCCUAGAAAGGUAAUUUUAUAUUUUGUGUGUAUAAAGUUUUAAGAAUCAAGUUUCAUAUUGUACUGAAGUUUAGGUGUUGCUUGGUAAAUCUUUGCUGCAGCAUAUAAUUGAAGAUGAGUAAGGCUUAGUGUGGUAGGGGUCCUGAUGUGGAGUUAAUUAUCGUACAGUUCUGGUGAGAAAGCCCAACAUGUAUGAAAUGUGUCCUUUUCUUUUCUUUUAUUUGGACUUGUAAGAUGUAAAAGUGCUUUUUUAGAACUCUGACCUAUUACAAACUAUUACCUCACUUUCAGCCAGCUGGAUCCUCAUUCCACAGUGUUGUAGGCAUUAUUGUGGCCGUAAUGCUUGAGUACAGCUAUAGAGUUGAACGUUUCCAGUUAGAUAUUAGUAGGGACACGUUUCUGGACUUGUUUUUAUUUAUGUCAAAAGAUACUUUAUUCUCCAGUCAUUCCCUGCCUUUUUUCCUUAAAGGCUCAAGACAGUUUCCUUUAGAAUUUCUCAUUAUUUUUUUUUAUUCCCCUGUUGCACAGGAGAAGUUGCAGCAUAAGCAAACAGGUAUGCUUUGCUUUGCUUCUUGUUGCAGAACUCAUCGUUUGAUGCUUGCAUUACCAACCCUAUUGCUAGACCCGAAGUCAAACAGUGAAUUUUCAUUGCAAUUGGAAAACAGAUUACUUUUAACAAUGCAGGUGUCCAGGUAAGGUAGUGCCUCUAGUAAGGGAGCACCUUCUGCUUCUGUAUUCUCACACAACUCCUAUACCACCUCUUUUUGUAGAGCUUUCCAGUGCUCAAGGAUAUUCCUAAACAUGGGAGGCAACUGCACAUGUGUUUAGACCAGGUAGAGCAGACCAAUCUGUGCUUUGUCUUGUGGCAGGCUGACAUCUGAGUCUAAAUAUUUCUUUCAUGAGAACCCAUGAGUACAUUGCCUUCCCCUGGAAGUUUGCAGAAGCUGGCAAAAUGAUUCAGGGGCUUUAGGGUUGAGUAAGCUUUGCAUAGAUUGGAACAACUCAUUUUAGUUCUUAUUGUCUUGCUUUUUAUAUCAUCUGCAGCAGUUGUUAUACACGAAAAACUGUAAUAACCAUGUGUUUCUUUCCAGUUUACUUUGAAGUAAUGCUCUUAAGAUGUCCUUGAGUCUUAGGAGAUGAACAUAGUGUCCAAGGAGUGAAGGGAACACUUUGCUGUUCUCUUGUGUCUCAAAAAACAGUGUGGCUACAUCUGUAAUGUAAAGAGCUCUUUCUUCAGUGAAGACAAAAUUUUAACUCUUCAGUGCAAGAAUGCAUACACUUGUUGCAGUCCAAACUCUUAUGAAGGCAAAAUUAUUAACCUGUACUGAAAGCUUUGUCACAAUAUUUUAAAUAGGUUAAAUUCUUUGCCAAAUGUUAGAGGUAGAAUGGGAAGGAUUGUUUCCCUCAUUUGCAUGAGGAUCAGAACCUUCUAGGUUUUCCCCAGAAAUGUUUCAGAAACGAACUGUAUUUUCAGUCUAGGUCAGUGUUGCUUUUUCUUGGCACCAGGCGAUAAUAUUGACUAAUACUGGUUUAAAAAGCUGUACCUAGUUUUGAUACUAUAAAGGUUUCCACUUGAUCUCAAACUAUGUUGAAAACUUCAGUUAGAACCUUCAGAAACCUGAAAAUCUGCACUGCUGGUCAUACGCAGUUCUGAUAGAUGUAGCAAAGAAAGUAACCACUGCAGUUACUCAUUUCAAAUUAUCCAGCAUAUAAACAUGAUGUACUGUGAUGAUCACUAAGCAGAGAGAUAUUGCGGACUCAAAAUGGUCCGUAGAUCCACUUCACGUAUACCAGAAAAACCUGUUAGUAACAGCAUUCCAGUGUCCAUCUCUCUCCCUCUCUGCUGUUCUUGCUUUGACUGGCGCCAAGUCUCCAUACCAGUAUUACAACAGCAGUUUUAGAGUUCAUGUCCUACUGAAUUAUGCCUAUAUUCAGGUAUUGUCAUGAAAAACUUCCUAUUCAGAAAGCUUUAUUUAAUCCUCACAAAAAUCUCUUAGCACAGUGGCAGAAGCAAUUUUACUGGGCCAUGUAAUAGGAGGAAGGAUUUUUCCAGCCCGUCCAAGGGCAUUUCAUUCACCUUCUUAAAAAGAAACAUCCCUGCCCCUGUGCUUGUCACUACUGAUUUGGUAAAUAUCAUUUAGAGUACCUCCAGAUGAUAACUACUUUAUGGAGCAGGGAUUAGGACCCAGACUUCAUUCUGACUGGAGCAGGAAAAGCUAAUGUCAGGAAACAAUUUCUGUGGUCAUCACCUAGUACAGCCUAACUUCAACUUCAUGUUUUUUAUUUCCUACUUGGAAAUAAUGACGACACUACCACAGCCACUAAUACAGGUUUUCAACUACUUGGUGCUACAUUUCUCAGAUAUUUUUGCAGAUACUAUUUUUUACGCCUGCAUGAAAGGAUGUAAACUUUACUGUCACUAUAAAAGCACUUGUCUGACCUAUUCUAAAGUACCAGAAAAGGGAUAAAUAACUGCAGCACUUUUUCUGUUACAAUGCCAGAGUCUUAAUUAAAUCUGGUCUUCAGGUUAUGAGAUAUCUUAAACGUACAAUCUAGGAUCAUUAACGGCUUUUCAGGUCAGAUCACAAGUUCUCUUGGGAUACUAAUCUGUCUUUUAAAGACUAGUGCAACAAAAUAGUGUGAAGUUCAGGCAGGGGAUGUAUAUAUACAUGCCUGAUGUUUUUAACUAAUCAUUUCGGUAGGCCAUCUCAUGGCUUGGCGUUUGGAAUCUGGGAUGAUGGGUAGGGAAGGGAAGUUUCCCAAACUGAAAAAUCAUUUUGGACCAUUGUUUAAUGUUCAGUUUGAAAACUGUAUCACAAGAAAAAUGGGUAGGGAUUCUUUCUCCCUUAUGCCUUCAGGGAAUGAGUAGUAUUUAGAAUCUCUGGCUGAAAUUCAAGCCUUUUUACCAUGUAAAUUUUUAAUAUAAACUCAUUGACAUGCUUUUUACAUCUGAGGACUGAAAAUGGAUCUUAAUGUUUAAGUUGUGGAAUGGUAUAUUUCUUAAAUGAAGGGGGGACAUUUACAAAGAAUAGAUUAGAAUACCAGCAUUAGUGAGCUUAAGGAAUUUUAGUAUGUAAUAGCAAAGUAUAGCAAAGUAUUUGAUUAAAGAAAUUAAUCUUGAAUUGCUAGUCUGUAACUAGGUGCAUUCUAAUUUAGCAGGUGAAUAUUCUUUACUUACCAAUAUAUGAUGGGCUUUUUGCAAAUAGAAACCUUUAUCUGAGUCCCAUGUGUUGCUUGUACUGAUGGGAUGUAUGCUUACAGCAGCUUACUGCUGCUUUAAAAUGUAUAAAAUAUGUUUUGAGUGUUUGCUCAUAACUCUUUCUAACCUCCACUUGUUAAAUUGUCAGACAUUGGUAUUUUAUCAGUCCGCAAUGUAAGUUUAAACUAAUGUUCUUAGGAAUCCAACUUGUACACACACUGUUUAAAAACCCUCAGGGACAGUUUACACACUAUCCUCACUCAAUUCAGGUACUUGUACUCUCUUCUUAAACCUAGCAGUGACUUGUAUUUUGUUUUGCUUUUCUUUUGACGUGCUGAUAGCACAUCCUUGAUGAAUGUCAACUUAAAACUCAGUUCAGGUAUCCAGGUAUAACUCAGCCAAACGGAUUUUAAAGCUGCAUAUUUACUCUCCAGCACACAGUGCCUCAGACACUUAUAGUGGCAUUCUGUAUAUUCAGUUAUUACUACUGAGCAGAUCGCGUGGGGGUUCCUGGUAUGUAUUGUAAGAAAUUCCUAUGUAUAUUAUAUAAUAUGUAUUAUAUUAUAUACAUAUAUAGUAUAUAUGUUAUCUUAAACUUAUAUAUUUUAAAAUGCCACUACUAGCCAGCGCAGCUAAAAAUGAAAUACAUUCCCAACUGCUUCUGCGAACAGCAGGGGCAGCUUCUUAACGUGGCUCUUGCUUCUCUCUCACCAUAACUACUUCUAACCUCAAGCACGGGUCCUUGGCUGUCUGACCUCUACACUCUAGUUAUGCAAUGUCCUUAGAGAAUUCUGUGCACUGGCCACUGUGAUGGAAACCAAUGGGCCGGGAGUGCUUUGAGUUUAUUAGUAAUUGUUCUGCCAAAGUUGGUGUUUGUAUGACGAGCGUUGUAAACCUGUCAGAUAAUGAGCAGAGGUCCAAGUAAUCCCUAAUGGUGUGCGUAAUCGCUUCCACCUAAUCGAUAGGACCAGGCCCUCAGCAGGUGUCUCCUCUCCAAUGCUGAGCACUAAUUCGGGACGUGUUGGCACUUAACAUCUGUAGUGAUGGGCCCCUGUGCUGCGCUCGCGAGGAGGCGAACCUUGAAAUCUGCUCUGCUCUCGCGGGGAUCUGUUGGCAGUUGCAAGUCAGCAACACCUCUGCUUUAUUAUUUGACACUUUACAGCUUAAAAAGUCUUCUCUUUCUAUUUAUGUAACCCAUAGUCUUUGAAGAGUAUGGAAAAUGGCAUUUCUCUCUGACCUCUAGAAGUUCAAGUGUCAUGGGAAAAAGAAAUAAAACAGGAACCCCCCCCUUUACUCUUAUGGACCUCAUUUCAAUAUACUGUUUACAGUUUGACGGAAUUGUAUAAUUUAAUAUUUCUCUUGUACUGUAGUUUAUAUUUAUUUACAGAUUUUUUUUGUACUGUGUGAUUUGAAUUUUUUGUUCCUUGCUAUGAUCAAUGUUUUAUGUAGUAGAGCACUUAUGAUCACAAAUUAAGGUUUUUGGUUUGAUUGCACUACAUUAAUUUUUUUUUAAUGCAGUUCUGAUUUUUUGACUGGACUAAAUAAGCUGUGUCUUAAUGUAUGUGAUAAGUACUUUUAAAUUUUUAUUUCAUGUGGUCCAUUUAUUUUUUUUGCAUUGUAUGUCAAAGCGCUAAUUCUCUUGUUGUGCAUGUGUAAGAUUUAAUGGCUCCAUUGUAUUAUUUGACCAUGUCAUUUUGGAAACACAUUCCCAGCUGUAACGUUGUGUAUGGUAGUUUUCACUGGAUGCUAGACUUUUCAGAACCACUAUUCUUCUAAUAAAUUUUGUUGUGAAAAACUUUUAA